AUUACGUCCGGUGGGGAAAAGUGGUUCCAUCGCAGGAAAAUCUUGACCCUGUCGUUUCAUUUCAAAAUCCUGGACCAAUUUCUGGAUGUCUUCAACGAGAGAGUCGGACAAGUUGGUUCGAAAGUUGCAACCUCACGCCCGAGAUGGGAAGGAUUUCGACAUUCACAACUACAUUUGCGUUGCACGCGCUUAACGGACUUUGCGAAACAUCGAUGGGCGUCACGGUCAAUGCUCUGGAGAACCCCAACAACAUCUACGUCAAAUCGGUAGAAGCCAUGGCACAGAUCUUCUUGGAGCGGAGUGUUUCGAUAAUCCGCUCAUUUCCAAAGCUGUAUCCUCUGUUCCCACUGUACUGGAAGGAACGAUCCGUCGUCAAAACGCUGCACAAUUACACGGAUUCGGUAAUUCGCUCCAAGCGGAAGCUCCUGGAGCAGAAAGGAACUACCAAUGGGACUGCCAAAAAUGGAACGAUGGGUGUAAAGCAGAAGCUGAGCUUCCUGGAUUUGAUGUUGCACGAACCGACCAUGAGUGAUGCCGAUAUCCGCGAAGAGGUCGAUACGUUUAUGUAUGCUGGACACGAUACAACCACUGCAGGGAUUUACUUUACGCUGUUGGAGCUGGCACUGAAUCAAGAUAUCCAAGAGCGAUUGGUCGAAGAAAUUGUUAGCGUUGUGGGAGAGGACCAACUUUCUAUCAACCACCUGGCGCAGAUGAGAUACUUGGAUAUGGUUUGCAAGGAAACUUUGAGGAAAUAUCCUUCAAUUCCGAUUGUCAGCCGGGAGCUUAACUUCGACACCGAGAUAAAUGGUUCCAUCGUUCCGAAGGGUACAAUCAUCAUGAUCAUGAUAAUUUACAUCCACCGAAACCCAGCCGUUUAUCCGGAUCCGGAACGCUACGAUCCGGAGCGGUUCAACGAGGAAAACACCAUGACUCGGGGUCCGUUCGAUUAUAUUCCGUUCAGUUCCGGUCCCAGGAAUUGUAUUGGACAGAAGUAUGCGGUUAUGGAGCUGAAAUCCACUCUGGUGAAAUUGCUGCAAAGCUACAAAUUUAAGCCGGGUAACGGCAUGACUAAGGUCGAGAUCGUGGGGGAUCUGGUGCUUAGACCAGCUCGGCAGCUCCCUAUUUGCAUUGAAAAACGGAAAUAA